AAGUUUUUUUCAUAUCAUCAAAUUAAAAUAUGAAGAGAAUAGUUAUAAAGGUGCAAGUGGAGAGUGAAAAAUGCAGAACCAAAGUCCUAACAGUCGCUGCCAAAUCUCAAGGAGUGCUUUCGCUAUCCUUAGAAGGCGAAAGCAGAGACCGAGUGGUGGUUACCGGAGAUGGAGUCGAUGCUGUUCAAUUAACCAAUAAGCUCAGAAAGAAAUUUCACUAUGCCACGCUAAUAAGUGUGGAAGAUAUGGAAGAAGACGAAGAAGAAGAAGAAGAAGAUGAUGAAGAAAAAGAGGAGGAGGAGGAAGAAGAAGCCACGCCACAGCAAAAUUCACCACGCUCACAUCUACCACCUUUUCAAAUUUGGACAACCUAUCUUCAAGGUUGUCCAUUAUGUAACAGUUUUGUUCCGCCUUCUCCCAUGCAUAGUCACGUGGUUUAUGAUUCCGACCACUAUAGCUGCACCAUCGUCUGA